CAGUGAACAUUAAGCGGAGCAGACCAAAAUCCCAAACAAGGAAAUGGUGGGGGAAUAAAACGACCAGAUUAUUUAAUUAAUGCAUGUAAUAAUUAAUAUUUUAUUUUAUUGUAAAUUAAGGCGUAUUUAUGGGUUAAAAUGGAUUACGACUUCAAAACAAAGCUGGCGGCCGAGAGAGAGAGAGUAGAAGAUCUGUUCGAAUAUGAAGGUUGCAAAGUGGGUCGAGGCACCUACGGGCACGUUUAUAAAGCUAAGCGCAAAGACGGGAAAGAUGAGAAGGAGUAUGCACUGAAACAAAUAGAGGGCACUGGAAUAUCAAUGUCUGCCUGCAGGGAAAUUGCUCUCUUACGAGAACUCAAACACCCAAAUGUGAUUGCCCUGCAGAAAGUGUUCUUAUCCCACAGUGACAGAAAGGUUUGGCUCCUCUUCGACUAUGCUGAACAUGAUCUUUGGCACAUCAUCAAGUUCCACCGCGCCUCCAAGGCCAACAAGAAACCCAUGCAGCUGCCCCGAGGGAUGGUGAAGUCUCUCCUGUAUCAGAUUCUGGAUGGGAUCCAUUACCUCCAUGCCAACUGGGUGCUCCACAGGGAUCUGAAACCAGCUAACAUCCUGGUGAUGGGGGAAGGUCCUGAACGAGGAAGAGUUAAAAUCGCUGACAUGGGUUUCGCCAGACUCUUCAACUCUCCCCUCAAGCCACUGGCGGACCUUGACCCCGUCGUGGUGACAUUCUGGUACAGGGCCCCUGAGCUUCUGCUAGGGGCCCGGCACUACACCAAAGCUAUUGAUAUCUGGGCAAUCGGCUGUAUCUUUGCGGAGCUGCUAACAUCGGAACCCAUCUUUCACUGUCGGCAAGAAGACAUCAAGACCAGUAACCCCUUCCAUCAUGACCAGCUGGACAGGAUAUUCAGCGUCAUGGGUUUCCCUGCAGAUAAGGACUGGGAAGACAUUAGGAAGAUGCCAGAGUAUCCCACUCUGCAGAAGGACUUCAGGAGGACAACGUAUGCAAACAGCAGCUUAAUCAAAUACAUGGAGAAGCAUAAAGUCAAACCAGACAGCAAAGUUUUCCUGUUGCUCCAGAAACUCCUCACCAUGGACCCCACCAAAAGAAUCACAUCAGAGCAGGCACUGCAAGACCCUUACUUCCUGGAGGACCCAUUACCAACCACUGAUGUGUUUGCUGGGUGUCAGAUACCCUACCCAAAACGAGAGUUUCUCAAUGAAGAUGAGCCAGAGGAGAAAACAGAGAAGAACCAGACCCAGCAGCACCAGCAGACGACAGGCCAGACUCAGGCCCAGAACCAGCAGCAGACGACAGCCCAGCAGGCUCCCUCCCAGCAGAGUUCGACCCAAACAAACGGCACUGCCGGAGCCACAGGGGCCACCACCGGUGGGGGUUUACAGCAUGGCCAGGACCAGGGGCCCCCCAACAAGAAACCUCGGAUUGGGCCCUCUGGGGCCUCCUCAGGCACAGGGGUGCUACAGUCAGAGUACCAGCACUCUGGCUCCCGUCUUGGUUACCAAAGCAACGUCCAAGGUUCCACCCAGCCUCAGAGCACCAUGGGAUACUCAUCAUCAUCCCAGCAGAGCUCCCAGUAUACCCACCAGACACACCGUUACUGACGCUCCCAGUCACUCCUGAACCAGCAGAGGAGUUAUCUCCGGCAGCUCCUCCUCCUUCAGACAACCCUCAACAACCUCAGCAGAUCAGUCACCGGUCCUCCCUCUGUGCAUCAUUCCAAGUCAACCAUCUUCCUUUUCAACCCUCCCUCAUCUUUGACCUCCUACCUGACAGCCUUCAUCAGCACUGUAACAUGAAGGCAAACAAACAUAGGAACCAAAAAAUUCUAAUAAGAAGUUCUGCCUCAUCAGGCUGGUGAACCUUUUCUAAAAGAACUGAAAAUAAUGUAAAAUAGAUGUGAAGGCAUCACACAUACAGACUUAGAACCAUGGCACUUACAAAGACAAUGUUCCUCAUGAGAAAGAAUCGCAGCUGUGUUCAUAUAUGUACAGUAUAUAGCACCUUUUUUUAUUAGAUUUUUUUUCUCUUGCUUGUUUGCUAGAAUUUUCAAGUUUACCUUGAUAGUUGAUGUCAUUGUAAAUAUUGUUACAUAUGGAAGCUAUCAGAUGAAACACGGGAGGAAAAGGCCUUUACUUUCAUCUUUAGUGUACUAUUACCUUGGAUAAUCAAAUGAGAGGUUUUAGCUAACCCUGUCCUUUUAAGAAGGAAAAAAAGAUACAGAGUCAGUGUUUCUACACAGAAAAAAAUCAGCUCUUUAGCUGAUGCAAUUGCAGGGAAAUAUUAAAUGCGCAAUUUAACUUAAUCUACUUAUUAUAGGGUUUCUGUAUUUAGACCUCUCUUUAUCUAGAUUUGGAUUUGGAAGGUAAGAAAAGUAGUUGUCUUUUUACAGCUCAAAGUUCUGUAUACUCUGAGUCACUCCACUACCUUUAGAGAUAAGAACCAUUUGACAGCCGGGCUUCAUUUCCUCUGGCCACAACAGCGGUUUAAUGAGGCUGAACGCCUCUUUUUUGUGGCCAGCAGCUCUAGAGUGUUUUCUUAUUCAGGAGGACACUUUACUCUUGACACCCAUCUUAUCAUGGACCCUCAAGACUUUCAAGAUUUCUGAACACGAACGUGCACAUAAAUGUAUAGGGCAGCUAACAGUACAGCCCCACCCCCCCCAUAUGCUUCUUGAGACUGUUACUGCCUGAUGUCAGAUUGUUUUUUUUGUUUUUUUAAGGUUUUAUUGUUAUCACUGUUGCCCUGUGAGUGAGUGUGAGUUUGAGUGUGUGUGCGUGUGCAUACAGUAUGUUUUUUAUGCAUGUUGUUCAUUGUUUAACUUACUAGAACUGCACUGACCGCUGAACCAAUCUGCAAAGAGCUGGAACAAAUGUGGGGUGAGUUUUGUUGCCCAUCCUGCACCCAUCCUCUUCCACUCUGACCCUGUGGCCAAGCACUGAGCAGACAUUUGACAUGCUAAGACAAUGGGUGCGUUUUUUAAUACAUGCCGGAAGUAGUAUAAAUGUACACUGCCACUAGAGCAAGUA